UCCGCCGGAGCUCGCCUUCCCCCGGAGUCCCCGGGCAUACGGGAACUGGCGCCUCCGGCUCCGGGCCGGGGGAUCAGUCGGAUGCGCUGGGCCAGGACACAUCCCAGCCCAACACGGCGCCUGGUUCUGUCCUGUGUAUUUUCAGAUCAAAUCCACUGUCAACGUGGUUUUCACAAGCUCCCCACUGAAGAGGCACCCACGAAGUCUGACUGUUCGUGAUGGAGAGCGGGGGGCGCCCCUCGACAGGCCAGGUCAUUUUCCUGGUCACCAGUUCGGCUCUCACGGCGAUUCUGUACUCAGUUUACCGACAGAAAUCCAAAGUGGCCCAUAGCCUCAAGGGUGCAAAGAAAGUUAAUCUAGACCAAGACUUGAAGAAUAUCCUUAGGGAAGCACCAGGAAAAUGUGUUCCAUAUGCCGUUAUUGAAGGUGUUGUGCGCUCUGUUAAAGAAACUCUCAACAGCCAGUUUGUGGACAAUUACAAGGGAGUAAUUCAGAGACUGACGCUACAGGAGCAUAAAAUGGUUUGGAAUCGAACAACCCAUCUCUGGAACGACUAUGAAAAGAUCAUUCACCAGAGAACCAACACAACUGCCUUUGACUUGGUGCCUCAUGGUGACUCAGGUGGUGUGGCAGUAAGGGUGAUGAAGCCCAUGGAUGCUGCAGAAAUCAGCUUGGAGACAGUGUAUGAGAAGUUUCACCCUUCCAUCCAGUCCUUCACAGAUGUGAUUGGCCAUUAUAUUAGUGGCGAACGUCCCAAAGGCAUCCAGGAAACGGAAGAGAUGCUGAAGAUCGGAGCAACAUUAACAGGGGUGGGAGAGCUGGUCCUUGACAACAGCCUUAUUAAGCUGCAGCCCCCCAAGCAGGGCAUGCAGUACUAUCUGAGCAGCUUGAGCUUUGAGGCUUUGCUCCAGAAGCAAGAAUCAAGAGUCAAGCUCUGGAAAAUCCUGACAGUCAUUUUUGGUUUCGCCACCUGUGCCAUGCUCUUCUUCAUCCUGAGGAAGCAGUACCAGCACCGUCGGGAGAAGCAGCGCCUGCGACAAAUGCAAGAGGAGUUCAGGCAGACCCGGGAGAGGCGUGUGCGGGAAAUGAACUUGGAGGGUGGGGAAGGCGUGGAGACUAUCAAGAAUGCCUGUGUCAUCUGUUUGAGUAACAUCAAAUCCUGCGUCUUCCUGGAGUGUGGGCAUGUCUGCUCAUGUGACGAGUGCUACCAGGCCCUUCCAGAGCCAAAAAAAUGCCCUAUUUGCAGGCAGGACAUCACGCGGGUGGUUCCUUUAUACAACAGUUAAACCUUCUUGGCUGAGCAGCUGUGUGUAAAAUGUUUCUGCUUUUAGGCCAGCAGUUGGCCUGCCUGUCAGACUCCCUGGGCAGCUGCUGUCCCUGGGGCUGAAAUUUGUUGAGUGUAAUAAAGAGCAGGUUGGGAAGCUAGUUGGAUACCCAGAACCCCACAGAUAUUUGACUGAGGAGGCAGAACUAUCCCAGGGGCUAUAAUCUAGUAGAGAGUAAGUCUUUAGGUAGCUCCAGCUUCAUUUUGAUUGCACUCCAUAGGCCUUCAGGGUGCUCUGUGCAGUCUCCAAAAAUUAGGUUAAUUCUCCCCACCUAUCGUGCUGCCAGUUUCGUGUUUGUUAGGGUUGGUAUCUCCAUAGUCUUGAUUUCUGGAUUUAAGGAUUACUGUCUUGUUAUAACUGGGGCUGCCAUCGCUGUGCAGUUUGCUGCAUGUUCCAGUGACAGAAGUAUCUGGGGUAAAAAAAAAAAAAAAAAAGCUUUAAUCAGGAAGAGCUUCAUACAUUAUAGAUGACUGUUGUCAGUAGCAAGGUUCAAGUGAAGCUGUCAGCUAGUUUCACAGCCUGAAUGUAGUGCUAGGGGAUUUUUUUUAAAGGGCUCAUGCAGUGCUUCAUAUGACUUUAAUUUGAGUGAACAGUUACAGUUCUGUUGCUCUCUCCCAAUUCGCCAUCACCUUCACAAAAAAUUUUGUGCUGACUCUUAACCUUUCCUCUGCAGCCCUGGAAAUCCAUACACAGCUUGAGAUCCAGAAAGUGAAAAUGGCUAGUCUAGGUUCAGUUGAGUCAGGUGGAAAAAAUAAGAAGCAUCUAUACGGUAAAAAAUAAAUUGGAUGUGGAUUAUUGAAAUGAAUCUGAAGGGCACAGGUAACAGUAUGUGCUGGGAAGCUGUUUUCUGUCUUGCAUUCUUUUGUUUCAACUGUGUCCCCGUUGGAGCGUGAGCAGAGAUGAUAGACUGACAGAAGUGAUCAAAAGUGAAAGGCAAAUAGAAUCUCUUGUAAUUUUUGGGGUGCAAUUAUGAAAGUCUUUGACUCUGAAGGCAAGCUCAUAAUAAACAUUGCUACUUUCUACUGCAAAGUGACACCCCCUCCACUUGACAAAAGCAGUAGUAGGAUUAUAUCCUGCAAGAUUCUUGUGUUAUCUUUGUACAUAUGUAUUUCUUUUGCCUUCUGUCUGGUCUGACAAGUAAACAGAUUGGCCCAGCAACAUCGUGACAAGACUAUUCUAAAGGAUAAUCUUGAGUGAGAUCAGUUUUCUGAUGUAAUGUAUUUUGAAAUUUACCAUUAUGCCUUUCUUUGCUCCCUCCCAAUUCCAUAAGCCACACUGAUUGAACGUAAAUCACCCUCAGAAUUACUGGUUAAGAUCUGCAAAAAGGAGCGCUCAUCGUCGCGUGUUGAAUCCAGCAUAAGACGAAACAUUGCUGCUACCACACUGCACCUCUUUGUAAUAGUGAUGGUACGAAAUAAAAACUUAUCUGCCAAAGAG